AUCACUGUUUCUCAAACGCGAGUGAUUUGUGCGAGCUUUUAUAUACCGAAUAUCCACAGGUGUGCAGGCCGUAAAAGAUCUAAGACAAGAAGGAGAUAUACCUACCAGAUACAACAUCACACCCCCAUUACAUCAAAAUGAAUCUCUCAGAAGCCUACCACAUCCUCGGCCUCCCCCACGACGCCUGCAAGGCUGACAUCGAGAAGGCGUUGCGGAUCAAAGCCCAAGUACACCAUCCGGACCGUGUACUAAUGCGAUCGGGGGACAAAGACACAGCGGAGCAACAAGAGUCUCGGAUCCGACAGGCGACCGAAGAGAUGAAGGCGCUCAACAAUGCCAAAGAGAUGCUCCUCAACGCCGUCGGUACAAAGGAGUCGUCGAGACUAGUACAAAAGGUACGAGUGGUGUCGACAACAAAGAAAUUCGGCAGGCGGUAUUAUCAGGAUGCUGCGGACAAACGUAGCAAUGGCAGUCGAGGGACAGCAAAACAAGGGCGCUUCCCAGCUCGUAGAUUCUCCGGCAGCAACCUCGCAAAGUUUAGCAUGGACACCACAGACCAGCAACCCAACCCUGGCGCCGAAAGGGAAGAGCAGGUAAACUGGGCGGACGAUUUCCCAGACUCUCCUGCGCCCCCACACACCGAAAACAACAACAACAACAACAACAACAACAACAACAACAACAACAACAACAACAACAACAACAACAACAGCAACGAAGCAGGCGACGACGACGACGACUCAACCUACACCCCCACUCCCUCCGAGUACUCCUCCGCCGCCUCCUCCCUCGCCUCCCUACACACCACCCUCUGCACAACCGCCGACGCCAUCGAGCGCGUGUCACUAGGGAGCCCGUGCCUCGAGCUGUGGCGGCAGAUAUGGCUGACGCUGCACCUGGCGGGCGCGACGACGGAGGGGGUGUGGGGCGUGGUGCGGUAUGCGUGGCCGCGGACCCUGCUGCUACAACCACCGCCACCGCCACCAAAUAAGAAGGGGAAGGAGAAGGAGAAGGGGAAGGGGAGCAGCUUGGGGCCGGGGGAGUGGGCGAAGCUGCGCUCGUUUCUGUGGAGGGGGCGGGCCGCGAUGGAUCGGUGCGAGCGGAUUCUUGGAGGUUUGGAGACGGGGGCGGGGCGGGGCAGAGACGUGAACAGAACCCGGAUGAAGGAGGAGAAAGAAGUAGUGGCGUGUCUGGAGCUGUACAGGGCGCUGCGCGCGUUCCCGAUCGCGAGGCGGAAGAAGAUGGAUCUUGCGUGGAGGGAGCAGGAUCGGUUGAUGUGCGGUAUGAUGGAUAGGAGAUAGAUGACUGGUUAGAUAGCUGGUCGUUGGGACAUAUUCAAUGGUAGAUCUUGCCUUUGGAUUGUACUGCGCCUAGUGUUGGCUUGAAAACAU